CUAGAAUUAUACAUCAAUGACGACAGCUAGGAAGCCCUGACAGCUGUCUUUGCUGAGUGUUAUCCUCACGGGAAGAUGGACACCCUGGCCGCGUCAGAAAGCGCUGGUGACAAGCCCAAUGUGGACGUUCAACAUGCGGAGAAACCGCAGGAAGAGACCAAAUUCCAAAGAGCAAUAUCGGCCUGGAGAAGUAUCGAUUUGGCAAAUCUCGUCUCCAAGCUCGAUACGACGGCGUCGGAUAUUGUCGCACAUCAACGAGAUUCCCUCGUACAGCGCAAAGAUUUGGCACAGAAGACAAAGGAUUUUAGGAGGCUAGACGAUGCAUCUAAACUUGCCGAAUAUAAGGGCUUGUUGAAGUCCUACCAGGCAUUCAUCGAUCUAUUGACAACUCACGGGAAAGCCUCGUCUUCCGCAUUCUUACAACUCUACUCAGCGUUUUCGGAGGCCCCCGACCCAUAUCCUUUACUUGAAGCGUCGAUCGACUCCCUCGUAUUGUCCGAGGAUACCGUCCCGAAAUUAACAGCGGAAAAGGAGACCCUCCAAAAGAGUGUCAGUCACCUUACCCUCCAGCUAGAGGAGUCGGAGAAGAAAUUAGAAGAAGAAAGGUCUCUCCGUAGGAAAUUGGAGCAGGAGCAAGAAAAGAAGAUCCAGGAAGUCGAAGCAUCCUGGACCGCUGUACUUUCGGAAAAGACGAGUAACUGGGAAGCGAAGGAGAAGAGCUACGAAGAGAAGGCAGAAAACCACGAACGUUUGUUGAAGGAGAUCAAAGCCAGCUAUGAAGUUUCGCAAAGACUGGACAGUCAAGACGAUGGAGAUACCCAGCGCAGUGCAGCGACGGCUGCUGAACUUGAAAUUGUGGCAGCAGAUCUGGAAAAGACAAGCCUUAGACUAGCAGAAGUUGAAGCCCGAAAUGAGCAGUUGAGAUUGGACCUCGCACAAGCCGUUUCUCAUCCUCAUUCGGAGCCAAAACAUCGACCAGUAGAGGAAGAGCCAGAAUACUUGCGUUUGCAGUCUGAGAAUUCGUCGUUGCUGCGGAAGCUGGAGUCUGCUCGAUUUGACAAGGAUGUAGAGAAGAAUGCUUCAGAAGCAAAAUUGCGUCAAGUUGAAAGACAGAACGCUAGAGUGACAACGGAACGAGAUGAGUUGCGUACUAAGCUGGAAAAGGUCGCUGAUUACGAUGAUAUCCGUCGAGAACUUGAAAUUAUCAAAUCUAUCGAAUUUUCGACGGGCAACGAUGAUACGGCUGAUUUAAAUGAUGGUGCAAUUGAAGAUGCAACUGUCAGUACAAAUUCGAAGGAAAACAAUUUGGAACAGCUCCUGCUAGCCAGAAAUAAGAAGCUAUCAAAUGAACUCACUCUACUGAGAGUAUCACAUCGUGACCUCGAAAGCCAGUUGGAGUCACUGAGGGAGGAAUUGUCAAAAACUAACGCGGACCUGGAGCGGUCCCGUAACUUGACGGCUAACCUUGAAAAUGACCUUCUUCAAGUACAAAAGGAGACGACUCAAUCUUCGGCAAUGUCUAUUGCUGGCACAUACACUUCUCGAUACCCAUACUCAGCAAGAAGGGGCAGGGCAUCUCCCACUUCGUCAAUUAUAUCUGGAUUUGAUCAUGGCGUGGCACCCACGAACUCCCUGGAGGCCAUUCGCGCUGGUGAAGCUAUGGGAGGUGGUUCCGGAAUCCUACCAAUGGUGCAAGCACAGCGCGAUCGAUUUAAGCAGAAGAACGCCGAGCUGGAAGACGAACUUUCCAAGACGUAUGCCACCGUGAAGACAUUACGCCAAGAAAUAGCUUCUCUACAGAAGGACAACCUGAACCUCUAUGAAAAGACACGCUACAUUUCCACCUAUAACCGCGGCGGUCAAGUGGCCACUUCGUCGUCUUCAAGCGCGUUCGCGAGCCAACCCCACCAAACUUCUGCUCAUGUUGCAUCCGACGGUCCAUUCGGCAUGUACCUUGACAAAUACCACUCUGCCUAUGAAGCGCAGAUCUCGCCCUUUGCAGCAUUCCGAGGGCGUGAAUCAACCCGGGCGUACAAACGCAUGAGCCUCCCGGAGCGUAUAAUAUUCUCCAUCACGCGAAUGGUUCUUGCGAACAGAACAAGUAGGAACAUGUUCGCAGCGUAUUGCCUUGCUUUACACGUUUUAGUGUUUGUGAUGUUAUACAUGAUCAGCACUCUCGAAGUUGGAAAACAAAGUGCAACUCUCGGGUCCAUGGCAGGCGUAGCGGCCGCCCAAGGAGGUUCUGGUGCGGGAGCAUCGCCUGAGGGUUGGCAGCAAGAGGCACCCAAGAUAGAUUAG